GUGCACAAUAUGCAGAAUGUGAUAUCGUAAUCAUCUCUUCAGUUUGAUUAGAACGUGUCAAGGAUAUCUUUGUCCUUGCUUACUAUUCUACGCAACAAAACAGGACAGCUAGGGUUAGAAAAAGACAUGUUUAGCCGAAGCCAAAUUAAUUUGCCACCACAGGAACCAGGCUAUCCCUUAUUAGGCAACGUUGGUUUUAAACCUGAGAUUCCUGUGAUUUUGAAUUUGUGGCAAAAACAUGGCGACUUGUUCACAUUAAACAUGUUUGGACAGACCAUAAUCGUAGUGUGUGGUCAUCAAACGUUAGAUGAGAUCCUGGUGAAGAGUGGAAAACACAGUUCAGAACAUCCGGUUGUGUAUGGAUACACAGAAAAUUUCGAAAGUUCAGGUAUACUUGGUGCGUAUGGACAAGUUUGGUGUAUUCAGAGAAAAUUCGUACAAGAUACGUUGCAACACAUAGACUCUGGAAACUCAGAUCUAGAAUCCCGUGCAGCCAUUGAAGUCUUAGAUUUUAUUAAAAACGCAGAAAAUGUUGGAGGCCAGCCUUUCAAUAUUGAUGAAUUGAUAAAAACAAGUCAUUACAACAUCGUCUCAUCUCUCAUUUUUGGCAAAAGAUUCGAAGCUGGAGAUGCCACACUGAAACGGCUUGUGGAAUUGGUUUAUGAAGCAACACUGAACGUUCCUGAUCAAGGUCUCCUGUCUUUCUUUGAAUGGAUGAAAUAUCUUCCAGGAGAUUGGUUUAAAGUAAGACGUCAGCGAUAUCUUAUCAACGAGAUUCUAAAGAUACUACAGAAAAUGGUGGAUGAGCACAAGAAAAUUCCAGAAAAACCAAAUUCUACCGACUUUAUUUAUAGUUUUUUUAAAGAACAAGAACGGAGAAAGAAAGACAAUGAGGAUCUAGCUGGCUUCAAAGAUCGGGACUUACUUUUGAUGGGAUACGGAUUUCUCUUUGGUGGCAUCGGUGUUAUUCAGGCUCUUCAAUGGUCGGCGUUAUACCUGAUGCACUAUCCUGAAGUUGUCUCUCGCAUGCAGAAAGAAAUUGAGAAAAAUGUCGGAAACAACCGCUCUCCUACCAUGGCAGAUAAACAACGUCUUCCCUUCUGUCAGGCGGUGAUGUACGAGGUACUCCGAACAGCGUCUGUAAUCUGUGUUACCCCGGCUCAUGUCCUUACAUCCGAUUUAUUGAUAAACGGCUACAACUUACAAAAAGACUCCUGGAUACUGCCAGCCCUCUGUACGGUCAACAUGGAUUCAUCUAUUUUUAAAGAACCAGAGACAUUUAAUCCGGAUCGCUUCAUCAAAGAAGAUGGUCAAGUAUUUGGUUUUGAGAAAGUCAACACUUCUUUCUCAAUGGGACCAAGAAACUGUCUGGGUCAGCGAUUGGCAGAAAUUGAAAUGUUUCUUCUCAUCACUGCCUUAGUUCAGAAUUUUGACAUUGAAAACGAGGCAGAUACUCCCCUUCCAUCCCUAGAGGGAACAUAUAAAGGGGCACACAUCACCACCCCUUAUAAAGUGUGCUUAAAAAAGAGAGUACAGUAUUCAAGCAGGAUGUCAGCCAGGUUAAGGAUACACCAAAGGUUUCCAAAUACCAGAAUUUAAUUUGCAUGUAAUUCUUUUAUUAUCAAAGAUAACAUAAUAAAAGUAUAUAUCAUUUGAAAGCUUGUUAAAUUUACUAUUUAAUUGUCCUAAUUUGAACUUUAAUCAAUAACUUAUUAAAAAAUUAUUUAAAUAUUAAUGUAAAUUUUAGUGCAUAAAUAUUCUAUAAAUAAACUUUUUUGUAUUUAACCCCUUAAAGUGGUAAUUUUUCCUCAACGUAGAUUAAAGAUUGAACUUAAAAACUGUAUCUCAGAUUUUUGAUAAAUCUUCCGACUCAAAAGUUACAACCAUUUGCCCUUCAAUGCUAGCAAUUUAUUAGCCUAUAUUAACAUUUCCCUCAAUAAUUCCAAAACUAAGACAGGUAUCAAAAAUCUGAGAUACAGUUUUGUGAACACACAUUUGAGAAGCAACCCAUCCAAUUUUCAGAGAAAUUGGUCGAUAAAUAAGGGAGCUGAAUCCUUUGAAAUAAUACCACAAACUGUCUGAUCUUACUUUACAGUAGAGGGCAAAAACCCAUUACACAAAAAAAAAAAUCUGCCAAAGCUUAAGGAAUAUAUGACACCUUGGAGAUUCAGCUUUGGAUACCUGUCACUUAGUCAUAUUUCCCAUGCAUAUUCACAAGAAUGGGAGGUUCUUUUCUGUAUUUAGAUGCUUUUAAUUGAGUAAAAUAGGUUCAAUUCUGAAUCAGAAAGAUUUCCCGGCAAAAUGGCAAGAGCUAAGAUCCACCUCCUUUUUUAUGGUCAUCAGUGAUCUGUUAGAUCUCCUUCUCUAAAUCUAGAGUCCCUGUAGUUUAAUUACUGAUAACCUCUUCGUGGCUAGUGAAGAAUUCCCAAGUGGUCACGGUGAUUUAUUGCGUCUUACAUGAGCAGGCAGUCACAGAUCAAAUCAGAAGCUUCAAUAACGGAAUAUUCUCAUGUGGAAGUGUUUAUGUUUUAUUAUUGUUCAAUAAUUAAAAAACCAUUUCAUAAUUACCAAAAAUUUUAAAUGCAUUAUAAAGCAGUGAUAAACUUCUUUUUCUUAGCCUAAAAUCUCAAAAUUGUUGAAAAUCUUGAAAAAAGCCUUUGGUGUAUCCUUAAUUGUAAAAAGAUUUUUUAAUAAUGUUAAAAAUGUGUGCAAAAGUUUGUUAUAGAAUACAUAGAAAACUGAACAAAGUCGCAUAUUUCAGCACCAAGGAUUAUUAACAAUUUCUUUAUGUUUCAUUUAUUUAUUUUCUUAAUAUCAUUUUUAUUCAAUAUCAGUCAAAAUAUAUAUCAAUCCACUUUU